GUAAAUUACAUCCGAAACAUGGCGGACGUGGAGCAAACUUUACAAAAGUUGAUGGAGAAAAUAUUAGAUGAAAUUAAUUACAAACCACGUGAAACUAAGAUCAAAGCGGUUACAAGCGAUGGGGCGAAUUUUACAUCUGCCCUUUUUCUCGUCGAUGUGACAUCUCCGAAUCGAGAUGAUCUCAAGCUCUUCGCAAAAGUGGCUUGCGUGGGAGAAAAAAUGCGUAGUAAAAUGAAUGCAGACUGGCUGUACGGCACGGAGAGAUUUGUUUACACUCAACUCAUUAAAAUUUAUAAAGAUAUUGAAAACGAAAUGAAUGUGCCAGAUGAACACAGAUUCAGAUUCCCUAAGCUGUAUGGAUACAGCGCUGAGACAGGCGAAGAGACUGUGGUCAUGGAGAACCUGGUUGAGAGUGGUUAUGGACCCUUCAACAGAAUGAAAUCAUUGGAUUGGGCACAGGCUAGCGCUUGUAUUGAAAACUUGGCUAAGUUUCACGCACUCUCAUUUGCUUUUUCGAAACAUUACCCUGAAGAAUUCGAAAAAUUAACGGUUGAUUUGAAGUACAGAAUAAGUUCAGAGGGAUUAGAUGUUGAAACUAAAGAAUUGUGGCAUAAAAUGAUUGGAAAUUCUUUGGCGGCAAUAGAUAAAGAUCACCACGCUCCCAUAAUCAAAAUUCUGGAAGGUUGUAAGGAUGAUUGGACCAAAUACAAUGCUCCCAUCGGUCAACCUGUUUUAGUGCACGGAGACUACAGACAAAGCAACCUUCUGUUCAGGAAGCAGAAGGAUCAGAGGAUUGCGGAAAUCCGGAAUGUCUGACGCAAACUUGCGGAGCCCUACGUCCAGAAGAGGACUGCAAUAGGCUGAACUGAUAAACUGAUGAUUCUUCAAAUUUAAACUUCGCUGUUACUCUGUAAAAAAAAAUGUUAAUCAUUAUUUUGGUACAUUUAGUGUAACAGCGGCACUAAAGCGUUUUUUCAUUCAUACCGUACAAUUCCAUCGUUACAUAACGCGUAUCAUAAUUUUAUAUCAUUGCAAUGUGCCAUUUACAAUACAAGGACACAGACGUAUAAUUAUAUAAAUAUUCAAACUAUAAA